UCCACUUCCAUUGCAUCCAUGCCACAAUAGAGGUAAUCCCUGCAUGCCAACGGCUGGAACUUUACAACUUUCACCCCCAUUGGCGCAAACGCAAACAGAACUUUACAAGAAGGAGAACGAAAUACAAGUACAUAUCCAACAGCCUGUGAACAAUCUCGUUCACGCGCUGAACACAGCCCGCCAUGUCGAUUCCAGGCCUCGGUCAGAUAGCCCCGCAGGCUCCCACAACCACCCAGCGAACCAUCAACCUCCGACCGUUCGGCGAAUGGCGCUUCUCCAUCCCCCACCAACACAGCACCUUCUCAUCGAACUCCUCCGCCGCCGGAGUCACCGUCCGCCUCGCCGCCGGCACUGCUGAGCGCGAUGGCACCGAACUGGCGCCCAACUGCGUCUACACAUUCCUCCCCGGCACCAAAUCGAAGCUCUUCACCGAUCAAGGAUGCACUCUCGAGAUCAACAACACGGGCGGCUACCCCCUCGAGGACCGCGUGGUUGAACACCCGCCGGAACAAUCGCCCAUGCUUAGCUAUAUCAACCUCCACUUUGGCCUACAAGACCACGAGCGUGCCGCGGCCGCUCAGGCACAACAACAACAACAUCCUACACACCACCAGCAGCAGCAACAAGGGAGAGGAGCAGGAGCAGGAGUAGCGAGGCCAAAACCCGGGCCAAGAGUGCUGAUCUGUGGUCCACCCGGCGUCGGCAAGACCUCGCUGGCGAAGCUCCUCGCUGCUCUCGCCACGCGCAUGGGCUCCCAGCCGCUGGUAGCCAACCUGAACCCGACCGACGGGCUGCUGUGUCUCCCCGGAACGCUGGGUGCGGCCGUGUUCGGCACGUUGAUGGACGUGGAGGAGCCGGCGGGUGGGUUUGGCGUGACGAACACGCCGAUCAGCGGUCCCAGCGCGGUGCCGGUCAAGAACCCGCUCACAUUUUACUUUGGACACGAGAAGGUAGAGGACGACGUGGACAUGUGGAGGCAGAUGACGGAGCGGCUGGCGGUGUUGGUCAGGCGCAAGUUUGAGAGGAAUCGGGAUGUGAGGAUGGCGGGGUUGUUGGUUGAUACGGCGCCGGUGGAGGCGGGGGACAAAGAGGGGCAGGAUUUGUUGGGGUGGGCGGUUAGGCAGUUUGAUGCAAACUUGGUUGUGGUGCUCGGCUCUGAACAGCUAAAGACAGAACUUGGGCAGCGGUUUGCAAGCGAGAAGACGAGCUUUGAAGAGCCGGUUACUGUCCUCGGGUUAGACAAGUCGGAUGGUGCUGUACAGAUUGACAAGGCGUGGAGGCAGAAGUCUACAGAGACGGCGAUUAAGGAAUACUUCUUUGGUGGCAUUAAGGCGCGCUUGAGCCCCUUUACACAGUCAGCCAGCUUCGACGAGCUAGUCGUUUUCAGGGCGCCUGACGAACCCUAUGAAGGCGCCCCAGUCCUCGAGCGAGUCGAAAUCACCCCCGAAAUGGCCCACUGGACGCUAGCAGUCAUGAUCGCCUCCGUGACCGACUCGCCGCAGGCCAUUCGGUUUUCCUCGGUCAAGGGCUUCAUCGUCAUCGCCGACGUGGACCAGGAGCGCAGGCGGGUCAAGUUCCUGUCGCCGGUCAGCGGUCGGCUGGGCAACCACCCGCUGAUAUGGGGACGCUGGCCGGAACCGUACCUCAACCUCCUGGCGUAGGCUCGCCAAAACGUGCUGUGGGUACGGACGAGAGAUGGUGGUCAACAGUUGAGCCUACAAGAGACAAAUGAUCUUGGGGUUUGCUUGAAGGCGUGGAGGGAACUGACGGAUACGGCUGGCGUUUGGUUGGGCUUCGAGAUGGAAAAUGGUGAAAAUGGCAUGUAAAGGUGUUUAUUGUUGUUGUUGCUUUUGGGUGUCUUUUCACUAGCAUGAGAGCGGGAACAUAUCUGGUACAUUCUUAUUUUUCUCGG